UUAUGAGUAAAAGUAAAAUAAAUAAGUGUAAAAAUAAUGUGAUGCAAGUUUUGAAAAAAUAGAUGUCUUUUACAUUUAAGCAUUAGGCUAAACAUUGAUGAGGUUUGGUUACUGUGUAACUACACCCUCACUACACAGACUGGAGGUUGAGGCCCACGACGAAUACCACAUGAAUCUAUAGGUCCCUGCUAUUUUUUCACCGUGGUGAGAAGGAGGGAGCACUGAGGAGAGACGGGAGGAGAGAAGUGCAACCCUGCAACUUCAAAGACACAGCACAGCAGUAUCAAAACUUGGAGAUAAGGGUGGGCUCAAUUUUCAGGGAGAAACUGAAGCUUCAUCUGUCACCAAGUGGAUCCACAGAGGUCUGGAAGAGCUAUGCAGAAAAAAUAUGGAUGACUUGGAUAAAACAAAGGAUAUCUUAAGGCUCUGUAUGUCAAUCCACAUUAGGACAGAAACAUAGAAGACCAAAAACACGGAGAAUGUGAAUGGAUGUACUAAAGCUGCUGAGUGAAUCUUUUUUUGCACAAGCAAAGCAACUUUUAUUUUUAAGAGCCACACAGCACUCUAUGCUAAUAUAGGAGAAAGGAUUAUGUUUUUGCCCUGCUGUGGAGACUGCUCUGGAGGUGUCAGCCAGUUAAGCCUUCUCAAGCACAUCUUAGCACAGGAGGGACUUUCUAUCAGGGACUUUGAGCACAGUUUGUCCAGCUAAAAGGCAGUGCUGCUCCCCACUGCUCUUAAAUGACCCAGCUUGGAUCUGCUUAAGUUCUACGCCCAACAGACAACAUCUCUUAAGUCUGGGGUGUUCAUAUGACUUAAAUUUUUGCUGGAGUCUUUAUUGAUCACAAACUUAUUUGGGAAUAAGCACUACAAGUUGGAAGGAACUGUGUUGAAUGUUUCAUUUUAACAGAAAUAUUUGACUGUAAUGUCCACUGGCAUCUUCUUUCUGCACUUCACCUCACACUGUAAUGUUUCCACAGAGAUGAAACCUUUCCUGUGAGGUAAGAGUCAAUAAUCCUGUGUAAACUGGCUCCUCAGUUUUGUAGCCUGACCUCUGACCUCUCUGAACUGCACUGAACUGCAUGAACUCAAAAUGAACUGCACUUUUAAUGCCACCUUAACUCCCCAGCUGGGUCUUGGAUUGAGCCCAGGGACAGGAGCUGACGAGUCCCAAGGGAGUGGUACUGGUGCUGGAGGUAGUGGUGGCUUGUGGGUGACAUUCCUGCUUGGUACUACACUGAUUAUCAUGUGUGUCGUGGGCAUGUCUGGCAACACAUACACACUUAUUGUUACACGCUCAGCUGCUUUGCGACGCACAGGUUCUAUGUACGUUUACAUCAUUAAUUUAGCUCUGGCUGACCUGCUGUACCUCUGCACCAUCCCUUUUGUAGUCUGCACCUACUUUGCCCACGACUGGCUGUUUGGUGAGGCCGGAUGUCGCAUCCUACUGAGUCUCGACCUCCUCACCAUGCAUGCCAGUGUCUUCAUUUUGGGUGUUAUGAGCUUGGAACGGUAUCGUGCUGUGGCUAAACCCUUCAGUGCACACAAGACCUCGUCCCGCAACCGACAGCUAGUGUCAGGAAUUAUUUGGGGGUUAUCUUUUCUGCUAACGCUUCCCAUGAUGGUGAUGAUCCGACUCAGGGAGGGCAAACCCACUGUGGCUGGUUCAGUCAAGAGAAUCUGCUAUCCAACCUGGACCCCUGAGGCCUUCAAGGCUUAUAUCAUUGCCCUGUUUUUCACCAGUGUUUUAGUCCCUGGAUUGGUAAUUGUUGGACUGUAUGCAGGGCUAGCUAGGCGCUACUGGGUAGCACAGGCUAACUUAGGGGGUAGCAGCCACUCUGCCAGAAGGACACGACUCAAACAAAAAGUCGUAUCAAUGAUCUUUAGCAUUGUGGUAGCUUACUGGACUUGCUUCUUGCCUUUUUGGGGAUGGCAGUUAGCCAAACUGUUCUCUCCAGAGUCCCUCAAAGCUUUGUCUCCAGCUGCUCAUAAUUAUGUAAAUUUCUUUGUCACAUGUCUCACGUAUGGAAACAGCUGUAUAAAUCCAUUUCUCUACACUCUACUGACUCGGAACUACAAAGAUUAUUUAGCACAGAAAGGACAGUCAUCAGGAUCCAGCAGGGCUGAUCCCGGGUCAGCUGUGACAACCCCACUGCAGGACUUUUAGUGAAUUAGCAUUAAUUGUUACUUAUAGCCUGCAUUCAAGCGAUCUUCUUCUCAAUGUUCCAUUUGCCAGAACUGAACUGGGAAAGAGGGCUUUUACUUAUGCUGCCCCUUUUACAUGGAACAUGAUGCAAAAAGACUGGAAGAUAGCAUAUCUUAUUUCAUUAAAUGCUUUUAAGUCCAAAUUGAGAGAGCCAGAGAAAAAUGUUUUU